AUGAUAUGCCGCAAAUGCCGUUAUGGUGUGUGGCCGAGCCAGAUUGAGGGUCAUUUAAAGCGUGCCCAUUGUUAUAUAUUACCUGUAGUCCAUGUUCAGCUUGCAGAUGAGUUAGAUAUCCCACCAGUCCGAACCCAGGCUAUUCCCCAGCUCGUGGGUCCAUUAGGUGGUUGGCAGUGCCAAUUAUCGCCCAGAUCAUAUUUAUAUGGCCAUAUGGAUGAGGCCAAUCCAUGGCUCCGUCAAACAGGCUGGGUUUUGUAUUUAGCAUCAUUUUCUAGCGAGCAGCUGUUGACAUAUAUUGACAUGCCCGCACCACCCAUGGAUGAUGCUAUCAAAGAUCCCAAUGAACGUGCCAUCUAUGCUAUAUGGACAGCCAUGGGUGAGCUAGGACAAGUGAGCCAACAAUCUGUGAUUCAUACUGGUGUAUUUGUGCGUAUGGAAGCUAUCCAGACAGAACAACAUCAAACGUGGUAUCAGCUGUUGGAGGCAUACCAGGAUCCAGAGACUAUAGUGGAGCAAGAAUCCAGGACAGUCAAUUAUAUUAUAACUAGGACAGCGUUGUCCGUGGGAAUUCAGCUUAUCACCUACGUCUACUCCCCAGAAGAUGAUAUCAAUAGCGACCUAGAGCUUGAUCCCAAUCUUGAUCCAUUGAUUGACAAAGCCAAGGAGAUCUCAAUCCCACUAUUAACCUCCAUCUAG